AAAGCCGGAAGUGGCUGCGAGCGAAUCGGCAUUUGCUGAGGCUGCUAGAGUUUAGAGUGUUUGCGCUGGUAGCUGCUCUUGGCACGAAAGAUGCCGAGUGUGGCGGCUGCAAGCACCGCUCCGUCCGAGUCUCAGGAAAAGAAGCCGCUGAAGCCCUGCUGCGCCUGCCCAGAGACCAAGAAGGCGCGCGAUGCGUGUAUCAUCGAGAAAGGAGAAGAACACUGUGGACACCUAAUUGAGGCCCACAAGGAGUGUAUGAGAGCCCUUGGAUUUAAGAUAUGAAAUGGUUCCCUGCUGUGUGAAUAUGUAAUUACUGAAGAAUGGAGAAGACUAAAUAAUACUGGGAGUUCUUUGAUGAGCUUUAAUAAAUGGAAAAAGUAUUUAUAAUUUAUUAAAAAGAGGAAAAUAUCCCUGGUUAAAAAAAAAAAAAA